AUGGGAAGUGGUUGCUGCAAGAACGCACUCGAAGAUAUUGAAGUAGAAAACAGCAAAGCGAAAUCUGGUAACUCAGGAAACGUAAGUUUAAACACGACUUUUUCAAUUCUUGAAGACAACUAUGAUUCAAUCCCAAACCUCCUUAAUAAGCGAUCACCAAAAAAUGCCAAAUCUGUUAAUGGGCUUUCUGGGCUAGAAAACGUAGGGAAUAGCUGCUAUAUAAAUGCAGCAUUACAAUGCAUACUUAACUGCCAACCAUUAGCUGAUUAUUUUCUGUCAGAUGUUUACAAAAAAGACAUCAAGGCAUCGAUGACUAUGAAAGGACAAGUAACAAUAGCUUUGGCAGAAAUUGUGAAAACUUAUUGGAAAGAUGGGUUUGAUGUUAUCGUGCCAAGAUAUUUGGUACAAGAAAUUUGAAACAAUGCUUCUACAAUUGAAGCUGGGAAAGAAAAUGAUGUUCAUGAAUUAAUGUCGUUUUUGCUUGACCGGCUUCACCAAGAUUUAAAUAGAGCUUUUAUUAGCCCAGCUCUUGGGUGUAUUGACAUAAAUGACAAUACACAGGAAACAAAAGCAGCUAAAGCUUGGCAGCUUCAUUUAGGAAGCCACUCAUCGAUUAUUGUGGAUCUUUUCCAAGGGCAGCUUCGGUCUACAGUAACAUGUAAAGAAUGUUCUUUCCAAUCACAAAAAUUCGAUGAGUUUUCGUCACUAAGCCUGCCUAUUCCACAGCGAGGGAGCUCUUUUACUUUAAACGACUGUCUAAAAGAAUUCACUACAAAAGAAGAGCUAGAAAAAGCGUGGUUUUGCCCAAGAUGCAAUAAAUCUGUAAAAGCAUUUAAAAAAUUCGACAUUUGGAAAGUCCCACCAAUUCUUGUGAUUCACUUAAAACGAUUUAAGCUAAUCAACAAAGAAGUUCAAAAAAUAGAAAACUUCGUGGAUUACCCAAUAAAAGAUUUAAAUUUAAGCAAGUUUGUGUCUGGGCCACAAAGAGAAAAACCAGUGUAUGACCUGUAUGCGAAAAUUGACCAUGAAGGAAAUAUGGGAUCUGGGCAUUAUACAGCGACAGCAAAAAAUAGGAAUAAUACUGCGUGACAUUUAUUUGAUGACUCAAAUGUGUAUUCGGUAGUCCCAGAGCAGUGCGUAGACGAAAACGCAUAUGUAUUGUUUUAUCAGAAGGUCAGUGUUGAUAAAUACUUUAGGCAGUCAAAAAAUAAGCCAAACAAUUGGCCUCAUGUAAUUUAG